AUGAACGCGCUUUACCUCCUGCUCUGCAUGGUCACGCUCAAACUUGUGGUAACCAUACAUACAAGAACCCAGCUGAACUUCCUAAAGAGCACGUACCAACUGAACAGAUGCAAAACACUCAAUCUACGAAGAGUCUGCAGGAAAAUCAAGCCCAGAAAUAACAAGUUAUUUGUAUCCCUAUUUGACGAAUAUGAUGAAAAAUGUAUAAGGGCACUUAUUAUGGCCAGAGAAGUGGCCAAAAAUAACAACGAAAAGGAAAUCCUACUAAAGCAUCUCCUAAUUGCCAUCAUCAGGAUUGACUCUAACCUAGUAAAACAUAUUCUAAACUUUUUCAAUAUAUCCCUAACGACCUUUUUGGAAAAGUUAAAUAAGGAAAUUAAUAAAAAAGGGGGGGAAACGAGCCUUCAAACGAAACAAGACGAACAAAAUGGAUCCCCAGGGGGGGAUAUCCCUCGACAAGCAGGGAUUGAAAUUCAGGAGACACCAACAAAUCAGCAUCACGCCGAUGGGCGAAGCAAUGAUGUUGUAGAAGGAGAAAGAACGUAUCAGUCGAACGACCAAGAUGGAGAACACAAACUUAUGAAUACCUUCAUCAACAAACACAUCCAAGACAUAGAGGACAAAAUAAAUCAACUGAAAAAUAUAGACAAGGGGCAGAGUGAUAUUUCCAGGGAGGUCUACGAUUCCGACAACUCUGUGGAGGGGUCAGACGAAAGGGAUGAGACAACUAGGAACCUCAUCCAUGACGCUGCGAAGCGAGUUUUGGGAAAUCACUCGGGCGAUCUGGAGGAUGCCCCUGAUGGACCGCCCCUUCUGGAUCCGGAGAACGGAGACCAGUUGCCCGACGAAUUAUCAAGCGAUCUGUCAAAGGAGUUGUCCCGUCAAUUGCCAAGAGACCUUCCAAACGGUCUGCCAAAUGAACUACCCGACGAAAAGGCCGACAUAAAAUUUUCCGAAAACUGCAAACGAGCUCUUCACAACGCGGUGCUAGAAGCAAGGAGGAAAAAAAAAAUGUUCGUGAACGUGACUGACAUACUCAUAGCCCUCAUCAACAUGGCACAGGAAAAUGAGAAUUGCGAAUUCUUAAAAUAUCUCAGUGAGCUCAACAUAAGCGUCAACGAUUUGAAGAGAGAGCUAAUUGGUUAUGAUGAAGAGAAUUCCUUUGCGCCCCCCACUGGGAGAACAAGCCAUAGCGAUCAGCGAGAUGACGACCAGAGUUCUAAUCAGGCAGAUAGACGUGAAGAAAAUGGCUCCCUCAUGGAAGCGAUCGAAAACAGAGAUGACAACCAACGAAUGCGCAACGUGAACAACGAACAAUCAAAUCACAACUUUAUGAACAACCUAAAUAAUGACUACCUGAACCAAACGAGGGAAUUCAAAAAUUACGAAGAAAAUAGCUUCCCCUCAAACAACAAAUUAUUUGGCUCCUCUUAUGUGAAAGAUUGUCUAACAGAUAUGGUACAUGCAGCGUACGAAAAAGGGGAUGAACAUUUCUUUGGAAGAAAAAAAGAAAUUAAAAGAAUAAUAGAAAUAUUAGGAAGGAGAAAAAAAUCCAAUCCAUUACUGAUUGGAGAAAGUGGAGUCGGAAAAACAGCCAUCGUCGAACAUUUGUCCUAUUUAAUAUUGAAAGAUAAAGUGCCAUACCAUUUGCGCAACUGUCGAAUUUAUCAACUCAAUGUUGGUAACAUCGUAGCAGGGACCAAGUACAGAGGAGAGUUCGAAGAAAAGAUGAAACACCUCCUAAGCAAUAUGAACAAGAAAAAAAAAAAUAUUCUUUUUAUUGAUGAAAUUCAUGUUAUUGUAGGUGCAGGAAGUGGAGAGGGAUCGUUAGACGCGUCCAAUUUGUUGAAACCUUUUCUUUCAUCAGAUAAUUUACAAUGCAUUGGCACCACGACAUUUCAGGAAUACACAAAAUAUAUCGAAGCGGAUAAAGCACUAAGGAGACGAUUUAAUUGCGUCCCUGUGAAGCCAUUCAGCGCCAAGGAGACUCUCCUCUUAUUGAAGAAAAUUAAAUACAAUUAUGAAAAGUACCACAAUAUUUAUUACACGAACGAUGCCCUUAAAUCAAUCGUUAUGCUCACGGAGGAUUAUCUGCCUACGGCUAAUUUCCCCGACAAAGCCAUCGACAUUUUGGACGAGGCCGGCGCGUACCAGAAGAUCAAGUAUGAAAUGUUCAUGCGGCAAAGGCUGCGCGAUGAGCGUGGUCGCAGGGCAGAUGCAGAACCGCGGAAUGCGGAAUCGGCCAAUGGCGACCUCGCAAAUGGAAACCUGACCAAUGGAGAACAGAUGAUUAGUCACCAGGUGAACGCCACGGAAACCAGUAGCGAUGAUCAUCCACCUGGGAAGCUACGCACUGAUGACAACCAACCCGCCUUCGUCCACGAGGACAGAAAUGUCGAAGCAGAGAAUUAUCUCGAGAAUAUGCACAUGAAGUACGUCACGUCAGAUGUGAUCGAAAAUAUUGUGAGUAAGAAAUCCUCCAUAUCAUACAUAAAAAAGAACAAGAAGGAGGAAGAAAAAAUUAUAAAACUUAAGGAAAAAUUGAAUAAAAUUAUAAUAGGACAAGAAAAAGUAAUAGAUAUUUUAUCAAGAUAUCUGUUCAAAGCCAUAACGAACAUUAAGGAUCCAAAUAAACCCAUUGGCACCUUGCUACUAUGUGGGUCAUCAGGAGUUGGAAAAACUCUGUGCGCUCAAGUGAUAUCCAAAUAUUUAUUCAAUGAAGACAACCUAAUCGUUAUCAACAUGAGUGAAUAUAUAGACAAACAUUCAGUAAGCAAACUGUUCGGUAGCUAUCCAGGGUAUAUAGGUUAUAAGGAAGGAGGAGAACUAACUGAAAGUGUAAAGAAAAAACCAUUUUCUAUCAUUCUUUUUGAUGAAAUUGAAAAGGCACACAGUGAAGUUCUACAUGUUUUGUUGCAAAUAUUGGACAAUGGAAUGCUAACAGAUUCGAAAGGAAAUAAAGUGUCCUUUAAAAAUACCUUUAUCUUCAUGACAACCAAUGUAGGUUCCGAUAUUAUUACAGAUUAUUUCAAGCUCUACAAUAAAAAUUACGCAAAUCUGGGCUUUAAGUAUUACCUUAAUAAAAAGAAAAACAAGGAAGAGACAGAUGGUUCUUCCCUCCACAAGGGGCAACUCCCUCAAGGAGUUAACAGUGUAGGUAACUCAGUGGUAGAACAUCCAACCGGAUUAAGCAACAACAGUGCGACCGACGUGCAAAUAAAUCACAAAAGAGACCACGAAGUAGAGAACCCCCCCACACAACAACCAAGUAGCUACGAACUUUUUGAAGAAAAAUUACGAACCAACGAAUGGUACGAAGAGUUACAACCAGAAAUAGAAGAAGAACUGAAGAAAAAAUUUCUUCCAGAAUUCCUAAACAGGAUAGACGAGAAAAUUAUUUUCCGUCAAUUUCUCAAAAGAGAUGUGGUGAAUAUUUUCCAAAAUAUGAUUGAAGAUUUAAAAAAAAGAAUUAAAAAAAGAAAAAAUCUCAAUUUAAUUAUCGAACAAGAUGUUAUUAAAUAUAUUUGUAGUGACGAAAAUAAUAUUUACGACAUGAAUUUUGGUGCCAGAUCUAUUAGAAGGGCACUGUAUAAAUAUAUUGAAGAUCCCAUUGCUUCUUUUUUAAUAUCUAAUUUGUGCGAACCAAAUGAUUCUAUUCAUGUUUCUCUGUCCAACGGUAACAAAAUUAAUGUGCAGCUUUUGAAGGCGUCCGUAGAUCAGCUUGUGUUGUAA